CAAUAGUUGAGACUUGUAAGUAUGUAUAUAUAAUUUGUUGUAGAAGAGAUUAAAUUUUGAGGACAUUCCCACAUUAAUAAUAGGGGCUAAGCCAAGAAUUCAGGGCAACAGAUCAGAGUGAACACCAUCAUACAUCAUAAGUUUGAAGUUUUGAACAGAGAAUUAGUAACCUCCAUUCUUUUAUCUAUGGAAAUCACAAGCAUAUCAUCCUCAAAUAACCAUUAUAUCGACGAAAUCGAUGAAGAAUCCAACGGCAGUACAGCAACAGCCUGCAUCAGGGAUGCAUCAGUUGACCAUCAUCAUUAUAACUACUCUCAAAUGAGCAACAAUCAUGUUCAUGCUGCUAGUGAGAUCAUAGAGAUUAUGGAGGAAGAUGAAGAGCUUCUCCUUUCAUCAUCAUCAUCUUCAUCAUUACAUCGUCGUAAUAUGAAUCACACUGGGAAAUCAGGUAGGCAGCUGUUGACUCCUAUCAGUGAAGGCGGUAUAGAGAACAAUACAACAAGUUUGUUCUCUAUUGAUAUCUACAAUAAUAGUGGAAGGUCAUCAGAUGAUGUGGUGUAUGUUGCAGUAGGGAAGAGUGAAUCAAGCAUGGAUGCACUUGUAUGGACCUUAAAGAAUUUUGUGCAUCAUGGGAAUACUGUUGUAUAUCUCAUUCAUAUCUUCCCUGACCUUAAAUUCAUACCCAGCCCUUUUGGAGGAGGAGUGGUGUUAAAGAGUCAAGUGAGUCCCGACUUGGUGGAGAGUUACUUGGCGGAGGACACCAGGAAGAGGCGAACACUACUUACCAAAUACGUUGAUAAGUGCACUUCACAUCUGGUGCAGGUAGAGACUGUACUGAUAGAAAGUGAUUCAGUGGCAAAUGCUAUCCUGGAGCUGAUUUCUGUCCUUAACAUUCGCCAUCUGGUUAUAGGAAUCUCCAAGUCCAAUUUGAGGAAACUGAAAGCAGGAAAAGGAAGUGCAACAGUAGCAGAUCAGAUAAGGCAAAGCAUUCCUGAAGGGUGUGACCUUAAAAUCAUCUGUCAAGGCAAGCAAUUAAACAUGUCUGAGUAUUGUAUUGCAGAUCAUCAUCAGUUGCAUUCUACUUCUCCUGCUUCUUCGCCUACUGCGGCCACUGCUGCUGCUACUACUACUGCUACUGCAACCGCUGCUGCUGCUACUGGACCCCGACAUCAAUAUGAUGAGAAGCCUACAUCCAACAUGUCCUCCUCUUGUUGCUUCAAAUUUUAACUUAGGACCCCUUGUACAGGGAAUCAACUAAGAAUGCAACAAGCGGGGAUAGCUCAGUUGGGAGAGCGUCAGACUGAAGAUCUGAAGGUCGCGUGUUCGAUCCACGCUCACCGCAUUACCACCUUUUUAUAGUUUUAUCUUGUAUUCCCAACGUUAACAGUGACUUGUAAAUAAUUUUUGCAACCUCACUAGACACUGCACUCCACCUUUUAAGGUGUAUAUCUGUACUAUUACUCACAUCGUAUAUAAAAUAAUCCCAUCAAGGACUAAGGAGACACUUAAUCCGACAAACAUCGUGUAAUUAACUAAUUAUAAUAUAUACAAGUACUUAGUAUUUAUUAAUUAGUGUAUUAGAGUGAGAUAUAAUGUAUGUAUAUCUUACUCUUGUAAAGAUACACCUUAAAAAACAUAAAGAUACUCCCUUGAAUUGAUGUACUCUAAUCAUGAGUCACUACCCUUUAUGAAUUCA